AUCCGGGUAUAAAGAUUGUUUGGGUUAGUCCCUACGUACAUAUUUGUGUGAUAUGCAAAAUGGGAGGCAUUGAUUCUAAAUAUCCAAUACUAAAGGAAAAGGAAACAUGCAAGUAUGCAGGAUUUUGUUCAGACGAAACAUACCAAUAUGCAGGAUGUUGUUCAAAAAAAAUUUAUAAUGAAGGAAGACCUGAUGAUGUCUGGGUGAAAAGAAAACCUGACAAUGUUUCUCCAAAGACUACACAAGUCUUAAUCAAGGAAACGGUGAUUGGGAGAGAAGCAAAAGAAGGAGCUUUCAAAAAACACGACAAAUUACCUGCAAUACCACAUGAAAAUGCUUAUAUUAAUGAAGACGAGAGUCAUUACAACACAAUCUUAGAAAACGAAAUGGAUGAUAUAGAAAAAACAAACAAAACCAUUAAGGACAAGGUGUUUCAUUUAAGUAGUACGAGUAAACGUGCACCAGACAUGAAAGAUGAUCCAAGAACAAAAGAAGUAAAAUUAAGUACAUGUUUGGAAUAUAGUGAAAUGGUGAACACAUUCCAUAGAUUAAUUGUUCAAAACGUGCUCGUUGAAGACAUCUUGCCAUCUUUGCAAUUUAUUGAUCAUCCUGAUGAUAUAUAUGCAAGAAAGAAAAACAGUUCACCGGAAAAUGCUGUACAGCUUCUCUUGAACGAGUUGAAAGAAAGUGAAGAACCAGGAAAAUGGCAAAAAUUCAUUGAUGCAUUAAGGGCUUCUGGGUACUCGUACAUCGUCGAUAACAUCAGGGGUUACAGGUUUAUCAACCAUAAAUUUCAAAAACAGUACAUUAAAAACAUUACUCCGAAACUCGGCUCUAUGAUAAAAGUCUGCGAAAUCCUUUCAUUUGUUUUGGCAAAAGACUUAAUCAGUGAACUCGACAAAGAAAAUAUUCAAAGGGAGGAUGCCAACCGUGGUAACUUUGCAGCCGCAGUUAUGCUUCUCGACAGAAUCCACCGAAAGCAUCGCAAUUGGUACUUGCUAUUUAUUGAAGCCCUUAAAGAAGCUGGAAUGAAGGAAGUUGUAAAAUGCCUGGAGAUACCAGCAUUGCUAACAUGCAAAAGAACUAAAGAUUCCCAUAUUUGCAAUCAAAGCGAUGAAACACUUCCUGAUGAAUGUAAACUCUAUGAUUACUGUGAUGUAUCUGAGGUACAAUAUGUGAUAGAAAAUCUGUAAACUCCUGAUGAAUACGACACCUAUGAAUUGAAAACUGCACGCAGCCUUCCACCAUGUCUUACUUCAACUAACGCUGCCAAAUUUUCAAAGAAAGAAAAUCUAGAAGAUGAGGAAGAUGAUGAAAUUUAUCUUGAUCCUAAUGCUGAGACACAGCCUUCAUCUCAUUUUCUGGGUCGGCCUUCGGCAAGCAGAAAGCUUGUUUACGACAAAGAUGAAUUGAAAGCUGCUCACAGCAACCCACCUAGGCUUAAUGCUACUGAAGCUGCGGAUUUUUCAAAAGAAAAAUAUCAAGAAGAUGAGGCAUUGUAUUCUGAGUCAGAAGAUCAAUCUCUAUCACCUCGGCUUUCGCCUGUGCUUUUGGAAAGCAAUAUGCGUAAUUAGAAAUUUUAUUUUUAACUUGUAUUUUAUUCACUGCUGGCAGGGACAGUAACAAUCGCACUGAAACUAUGAUUGAUUUUUUUUGAUAGUGUGGUCAUAUUUUUAUUAUUUGUUAUUGUUGUUCCUGUUGUUUUAAUGUCAUUUAGAGUUUUUUCAUAUGGCUGGAAGAUCCAAAUUUGUUAGAAAAGGAGCAGCAAAUCCAAGAUAAGUGUCAAUGAAUACUAUAAAGAAAUAUUUAUCGUGCUGUUCGAAUCCUAAAAUUAAUGCUUUGGUAUUAUCUAUAUCGUGCGUUUACUUGAUAUUCAUUCGUUAGAUGAUUGGGUAAUAAUAGGAAUAGA